GGUACCGUACCGUAGAACCCUUCACUCCUAACUACAACACCAACGAAACAACUCGUUUUUGAGAAGCUACCUUUGAGGAGGGUCAGAAAACUCGGUGAUAAAUACUGAACUGAGCGCAAUGGUCAUUCUCAAAGUUCCGGUGGCGUCAGAAGAUGUCCCACAACCCUCUGGAGCUGCUCCAAAACUUGUAGCCCCCGAGCCAGAGCACUGUCCUGGACCCGAGAGCCAGCAGGCAGGGAAAAUGGACGCUUGCGCUGGAUGCCCCAACCAGCAGAUUUGCGCCACAGCUCCCAAGGGGCCCGACCUAGACAUUCCCCUCAUUCAAGCGCGCAUGGCAACAGUAGCGCAUAAGCUCCUCAUCCUUUCCGGAAAAGGCGGUGUGGGAAAAUCUACCUUUACCACUAUGCUUGCAUAUGCUUUUGCCCAGUCCCCUAAAACACAGGUAGGUGUCUGCGACAUCGACAUAUGCGGCCCAUCAAUACCACGAAUGAUGGGUGCUGAGAACGAGUCUAUUCACUCUUCGUCUUCGGGGUGGUCACCGGUAUAUGUAGCGGAUAAUCUCGGUAUCAUGAGCAUACAGUUUAUGCUGCCAAACCAGGAUGAUGCUAUUAUUUGGAGGGGACCUAAGAAGAAUGGAUUGAUCAAGCAGUUUUUGAAGGAUGUCGAGUGGGGCGAUUUAGACUUUUUGCUCAUUGAUACCCCUCCGGGAACUAGCGAUGAGCAUUUGAGUAUAAAUAGCUACUUGAAGGGCAGUGGGGUUGAUGGAGCUGUUGUUGUCACGACGCCACAGGAGGUUAGCUUGUUGGAUGUUAGGAAAGAGAUUGAUUUCUGCAGGAAGGCCGGGAUUAAGGUGUUGGGAAUUGUGGAGAAUAUGAGUGGCUUUGUCUGCCCCAAUUGCGAGGGUGAGUCACAAAUAUUCCACGCUACUACUGGAGGCGGUCGGGCUUUGGCGACUGAGAUGGGCAUACCUUUCCUUGGGGCUGUUCCUUUGGAUCCUAGAAUUGGUAUUGCUUGUGAUUACGGCGAGAGCUUUUUCGAUGCAUACCCCGAGAGCCCAGCCUGCGAAGGAUUGAUGAACAUCAUAAAGGGUUUACGGGGUCAGGUGGGAUUGCCUCCAUCACAAGAUGGGGUCGAAGAGAUGGACGAAAGCUAGGCGAUCGCAAGCUAUCUCUGUGCAUGUGUUAGAGUGAGCAUGUUCAAUGGCGUUCUUGGGCUCUGGAUUUUCCUCGUUUUCAGCAAUAGAGGUACUCAAGUAUAGCAUUAA